GCAGACGUUACGUCAUCAGUGUUGGCGGUUUUUUGAAAAAGGAGGGAUUGUUGUUGUUGGUUUCCGUGAGGGGAGAAAAGAGAGUGAAAUUCAGAUAUUAUGGCUGAGGUGAAGCUCGGCGGCCAGGCGACAGCGGAGCUGUCAGAGGCAGCUCAGGCUGAGCUGAUGGACCAGUGUGAGGAGCAGUUCGCUCGGCUGGAAAAGCUUCAGAAUGAGAUUAUACUCUGUGAACCAGAUUUCUGCGAGAAUCCUCAGCAGCAGGCAGUAAAUCGACUGAUAGCAACAGAAGCUGAACUGAAGCAGUGGCUGACCGUGGAGCCAGAAUUGCUGGCAUCGAAUUCAGAAGUUUUACUUCAAGCUGGAAAAGAAGAGAUGCUCAAGCUGUGCUCUGAACUUGAGAUGGUUGUUUCUUGCCAUGAAGCAAAGAGAGACAAAUUGAGAGAAACUAAAGAACUUGAACAGAAGUGGUUGGAGGAGAAGAAACAGGUGCUGAUAGCUGCCAAUGACCAUGUUGAACGACUUCAAUUGGAAAAGGGGACCUUUUCAGAGCACAGUAUAUUGCAGGACACCAAGUUGAAAAUCCAGAAAAUGAAGAUCUACCAAGAAAGGUUGAUGGAGUCACUGGGGGACAUACUGGAGAAGCACAUCCCUCUCCCUCAGAAUGAAUCCAGUACAAACAAGAAGAACAAGAACAUUACCCAGGAGUUAGAUGAAGACUUGAUUUCACUUAAUGAAAUUCUUGAGCAGCUCAUGAACAAGGUCCUGACUACACCACAUGACCCCUAUGUAACACUGGACAGCACAUUCUGGCCACCGUACGUGGAGAUGCUGCUCCGCUAUGGCAUUGCAGUGAGGCACCAGGAGAAUAACUUCAAGAUCCGCCUGGAACCCUUUUGUUAAGUGGUGCAAUAGGCAUCUUAAGUAUCACGUUUCUGCUAAUGUUUCUAAUUCGAGUCAGAUUGUAUAGUGCCAUCAUUAUGUAUAUUUAUGUUUGCUUGUAUGAAGAAGAAGAGCUGGGAAAGAUAUGAGGUUAGACAUAGAAUGAAGUGUGAAUUAUUAAAUAUGUAACUUGCCCAAUUAGGGUUCACAUGAAUUUUUUAAAGAGUAACCAUGGGUCCUAUAAAACAUCAGAGAACACCUACAUUGAAGUCUCAAUUUCGUGUAAACUCAUAUCAUUAGGUUGAUACUUUAUCUUAAGUACAUAUUUCCUUAGAUCCUAUUUUCAAUGGCAAGAUUUAAUUGGCAAUGAGAAAUGUAAGUUUGUAUUUAUGACUAUAUUUGGUUUCAUUUCAAAUGUUUGAGCUCCUUUUAUAAUGUGACUUUUUAAAAGCCUUAAGGUAGGUACCCAAGUGUUGAAGUGUUAUUUUGAUGUAUAUAUUUUCAUGUUCAAUAAACAUGGGACCUGCA